AUGUUUAGAGAUCGAGUAGAUUUUCCGCUUCUUCAGUUAGAUACUUGGUCUGAGACCACAACAACUAUGGUUCCCAUGUAUAUCAACGACCAUACCGGCCAUACCGUUCACUACUCAAACCUACCCGACACUCCUUGGGGUGGACACCGCGAACUACCUGCCUUUGUUCCUCCGAUUACCCCAAAGACGGCACACGCCAUGCUACACGCUCGGAAAGCUAUCAACUCCGAGCUUCCUAGCGUGCCCUCUCGUAGUCUACGGGUGGCCUCCAGCACUCUGACUCUCGAGGGCAUUGAGGCAUUGCGUGCCAGAGGUCACCUACGUAAUCUGGAGCAACGUCGAAUAGUCCUCCAGAGCGACCCGUAUGUCGCCAUCUUCGAGACAAAGCGCGUCCUCUGUAAAGGUUGCAAGAAGUGGUUAACUCUCAGCAAACGCAGGGAUUACUAUCCCGGCAACUGGACUCGCCACAAGGAGGGUUGCGAGAAAGUUAGGUGCCUCAUGAACAAAGCGGAUAAAAAGGUAGAAAGACGUCGAUACACUGAUAGUGGGGCUCCGGUGUCAUUUCCUACUUAUGAUCGGAGCGGGUGGCUCGAUCGCUUACUUAACAAAGAGUCUAUACAUCCGACUUCGCGAUCCGCGCGAAGCAUUAGGGACACGGAGAUCUACACCGCAGCACUCGUUAGCUAUGUUUCGGGCCCUAGAACCAUGCCCGUUGUCCUGCUAAAAACGCCAUCACGCCACCAAACCAAAGACAGAGCGCGAACAAUUGAUGAGCGCUAG